AUGCUGCAACAACGCGCUCAACGACGCCGAAAAGCUAUCCCUAACGAGUGGAAAGCAGCCCUACGCGCUCCACACCGAAUCAAUCACCAUCUCACGCAUCAAAAUUUAAGAAAGUGGUUUGAAGAUACGUACAAUCAACCAAUCGAUCGAGCUACAGUAACACGAAUCCUUUCGUCGAAAUACGCGUUCAUUGACGAGCUCCAAGAGUAUCAAUUGAAGGAUAAACGGCACCGUGUUGAGCAGUGGCCUGAGUUAGAGAAGGCUGUCAUGGAUUGGAUAAGAUUAGCUGAGACCGAAGCUCCUAUCUCACAGGAAGCUAUACGCUACAAAGCGCAGCAAUACUGGGACAUGCCAGCGAGGGUCUUAAUAAUACAACCUAAACCUCCUGUUCCUCUUUUCUCAUCAAAAGCCUGCCCAACUUGUCUAACAGACAAAAUUCUAAGCAGAUUUCCGCCUUUCAACAUGCAAACGAAGAAAACUGUAACCAUCGCGUACCGCAGAGUAAGCAGUAUCAUCUCUUACAUAAUCAGGGAACAUAUCAAAAAGAUGUACGGCGCCAUCCAAUAUUCUUAG